CGUCUCGAAACAAAAACAAGCGGAGCGAGCUCGGUCACAUGUAGGCUCGAGCGUUCAGCGGCAGCAGAGCGAGUAGAAGGAGGAGAAGGAAGCGGCAACAGUCGGUCAGUCUCAACACACACACCUUCCAGCUUGUCCGCUUCACAUAUGGUUCUCCUCCGGCACAUCUCCUUCGCCCUGACCGCCGCCGUGGCUGCCCUGGGCUCGGCUCUCUUCAUCGCCCUCAACUUCUUCUACAAGAGGCGGAUAUGGUCCCCGCAGGCGGAAUACUGCACGAUCAAAGAGGAGGAGGAGGAGCGUGGGACGCGUCAGGUCCUGGUCCUCGGUCUGGACGGGGCCGGGAAGAGCAGCAUGUUGCAGGGUUUGACUCCUGGGGAGUCGGCGGCUAAGAGAGGCCGCUGCCGGCCUACACGCGGCUUCAACUUCAUGAGCCUCAACGCCCCCGCCUGCCAGCUCGACUUCCUGGAGAUCGGCGGCGGGGAGGACCUGCGACGCUACUGGUCGGACUACGUGAGAAAGACUCACGUUCUGGUGUACGUGGUGGACUCCUCGGACAGGAGCCGGCUCCCAUUGGCCAAGGCGGAGCUGCACCGCCUGCUGAGGGUGGAGCCCCAGCUGCCCGUGGUUGUCCUGGGAAACAAGCAGGAUAAGCCCGACGCUGUGAGCGUGUCCGAGCUGCAUGAAGCCUUGUCUCUGGGGCCCGUGACCGAGAGCAGGAAGCUGUUCCUCUUGGCUGCCCAGCUGGGCUCGGACGGCCCCCUGAGGAACUCCUGCCGGGGCCUGGACACCUUCCAGGACAUCCUGCUCCAGCUCGUCUGAUCUCAGAGCAGAGGAGUGGGAGACGGAGGAGGGAUGAAAACAAAGGGAUGGCUUGAAGCAAAUCGUCCUCCUCCUCCUCUUCCUCCUUCUUGUUUAAGUACGGGCUUAUAUGAGGCAGAGGAGGAGGAGAUGACAAAGGCUGCAGGAACGGAGGCAGAGAAAUUGCUGAAGAAGAUGCCAAGAUGGAGCGCAAAGCCUCGUCUUCCUACUCGCCCUUUUCCAAACCACGUCAGUUGGUUUUUUUUUUCAGAAAGUCCUUCCGCUCGUCUCAUCGUACAGUUAUAUUCCGACUCCACUCAUCUUACUCACAGAAGAAGAGGAGGUGCAGAGAGAGGAGGACAAGGACCGAAAGGAUGAAGGUCUGUUCGUGACUCAGAACCGCGACGUUGCCCCUCCUGCCAACGAUUCAGACUUUGGACCAGUGGUGGAAGAAGUAUUCCAAUCCUUUACUAUACUCUGUUAAAAGUAAAAGUCCUGCAUUGAUAAUGGUACUUGAGUAAAACUAUAUAAGUGUCAUUGGGAAAAUGUACUUAAAGUGUUAAAAAGUACUCAAUGGAGAGAAAUCCUCACAUUUUUAGAUCCAAA